UGGACAGUAGAGUUAAGGAAGAAGGUGAUGAUAUUUGAUUGAAGGAAAUGCAAAUUACAGAAAAUAAUAAGAUAAUUGCCAAGUUUUCGAGUGAUUUGGUCAAACUCCGAAACUAACCACUAAUAUAAACUUCUCCAAUAUUUUCUUCAUGAUCUUUUCUCUCCCUAAUCUCCUAUAUUUGUAGUCUACUUGCCUUAUUCCUCAAGCUAACAUAGUAACUAGAGUAUUACUAAAAUACCCCUGCUUCCUAGGCUAGUCUACUACAGAGUUCCAUUGUUCAUCUGCUGUCUGUGGAACAAUAAUGUCUGUCUCUUGAAGCAGUCUAGUGCAGUCCUCUCCAGAGAGAAGAUCAUGAAUGACAUUAAAUUGAAGGGGCUUAAUUUUAAUAUGAUUAUUAUUUUUUAUUUAGAGAAGCAUGCUUGAGGCAUUAGGUACAUAAAGCUAAGAGCUAUGUACAGAUGUACUUGGAUUCGGCUAUUUGGAUGAAGAAUUCCCUUUUUCUUCAGUUCUAAAUGAAUUGUCAAGUGUUCAUACCUUGUGUCCCUGAGUGUCUUAAAGUUGACACAGGUAUUUGAGGUGAAAUGAAAAGUAUGAGUAACAUAAGCUAGGAGGAAGAGUAAAUCGACAUGUAGGAGUUGAUCAAACUGUCUACUCCUGAGGAAUAAAUCCUUGUUUUUAUAUACUUCCUCCGUUUUUUUUAGAUGUUACACUUUCUAUUUUAGGAAAUUUUAAAUUAGAUGUUACACUUUUAUUUUGGGUAAUAACUUCUCUCUAUCUCUCUCCUAUCACAUGUUCACAUGGGGCCCUUUUGUUUUUCAUUCUCUCUAUCUCUCUCCUCUCCAAAAAUUACCUAGGAGUCCGUGAUUUGAAAAGUGUAACAUCUAAAAAAAAACGGAGGAAGUAUAAUUAUUGUAUGUUGGUGCAAGAAUUAGUGAAAUCUAUUUGCAAACCUGAUAAGAUAGAGAUAAUAGUUCAAGCAUUCACCACCACACUUGAGAUGUUGGUGGCCCCUUGUUGAGCUUGCUUGCAGCCUGUGUUUAGUCAAUUUUGAGUUAUUUUAUUUCACCACCCCUAUAUAUCUGUUAUUGUCAUCUGCAGGUUAUAUAUAUUGUUUUGAGCACAUCCAUUCUCCCAUUCAUAACCUUAACUCACUUCAUUUUUCUACUAAUUAACUAGCAUGUUGCCUGAAGCAACUAGUGUAUGGUCAUGGUGGUGGAAUACCAGCAAUAAAGCAGAUGAAACUUCGCGAAACAUCUUGUCCACCUUAGUCCCCUUGUUCGUUAUAUUUUGGUUCAUUUGUUUUGUGAAGAAGCAAAAUAAGGAGAAACCUCCUUUGCCUCCGGGUCCACGUGGCCUGCCUUUAGUCGGCUAUCUCCCUUUUCUGGGUUCUAAUCUCCAUCAUAGCUUCAAAGAAUUGGCCAGUUUAUAUGGUCCAAUCUUCAAACUCCGGCUUGGAACUAAAGAUUGUAUUGUGAUCACCUCACCAUCACUUGUCAAGGAGGUGGUUAGGGACCAAGAUGUUGUGUUCGCUAACCGAGGACACAUUAUUGCUGCAGAGAGUCUUUUGUUUGGGACAUUGGAUAUUGGCUUCUCUAAUUAUGGCAGUGAAUGGCGUAAGAUGAGGAAAAUUUUUGCCAGCGAGAUGCUAAGUAAUUCUAGCCUUGAUGCUAGUUAUCUCAGGAAGCAGCAGAUCAAGAAGAUGAUAAGUGAAACUUACAAAAAAACUGGUCAGCUAAUUGAUAUAGGUGAAUUAGUAUUUUUUAAUCUCGUUUGCUCUAUGAUGAGCAUGAUAUGGGGAGAUACGUUAAUAGGGGAUGAGAGUUCUGUUAUAAAUUCUGAAUUUCGAGCUAUUGUAAAUGAACUAAUGGAACUUUUAGGAGCACCAAAUGUUUCAGACUUUUUCCCUUUGCUUGCUAGGUUUGAUUUACAGGGAAUAGAGCGCAGAAUGAAGAUCAUUUCAAGGCGGAAUGAAGAGAUUUUUGAUAAAGCUAUAAGUCGUCACAAUAUGGGAGAAAAUAUCCAGUGUAGGGAUUUCCUGGGAUAUCUCUUAAAGCUUACCAAAUCUGAAGAUCCUACAAGAUCACUAACCUUGCCUCAAGUUAAAGCCAUGCUCAUGGACGCUGUGACUGGGGGAACAGAUACUACAGGUGCUAUGCUUGAGUGGGCUAUGGCGGAGAUACUUCAACACCCUGAAAUACUUGCAAAAGUCCAAGCAGAACUAACUGAGAUUGUGGGAUUAAACAAUACCGUUGAAGAGGCUCAUUUGCCUAACUUAAAAUAUCUGAACGCAGUUGUGAAGGAGACACUUCGUUUGCACCCACCACUCCCUCUUCUCGUUCCCCAUUGUCCAAGUGAGCCUUCUACUAUAGGAGGAUAUAGCAUACCCAAGGAUGCUCGUGUCUUCCUAAAUGUGUACUCUAUACAUAGAGACCCACAACUUUGGGAAGAUCCACUGUUGUUUCAACCUGAGCGGUUUUUGAGUGAGUCUGCUGCUGCCAAGAAGAUGGACUACUUGGGCAACCAAUUUCUGUAUCUUCCAUUUGGUUCUGGGAGGAGAAUCUGUCCUGGUAUUCCUCUUGCAGAGAGGACAUCAAUGCUUGUGUUGGCUUCUCUACUGCAUGCUUUCGACUGGAAGUUACCAAAUGGCAUUGUCAAGGUUGAUUUCUCCGAGAAAUUUGGCAUUGUUGUGAAAAAAUCAAAAUCUUUGCUUGCUAUUCCGAGUCCCAGACUCUCCAGCUUGGAGCUCUAUUCAUACACAGAUUAGCAGAAGUUUUGAGAAACUUCAAGGCCUAGCUGUAUGUCCUUUUCAACAAGUGAAUAAAAUAAAGGGGACAGAGCAUGACGAAGAGUAAGAUGCAAUUAUAUACUUCUGUAUCAUGUAAUUUGAUGGUUGCUUUUCUUGCUUGAAGUAUAGUGUCAUUUUUCAAUCUCAGAUGUAUUAUGCUAGCAGAGAUAUACACUUUGGUUAAGAAUCUCUAAUCUCAACCUGCCUCCCUGUCAAUACCACGAUCGAUAGAACAUGAUCGUUCAGAUACAGUGGAAUAAGGCACUUAUUUCUGGAUUGAAAACUCGUCUAUCUGGUGUAUAUUUCUUUCUAUGGUUAUGGUUAAAGGCGCGGCACUGAAGGCUAUGGCCUAUUUUAUUCUCA